AUGCACCUGCCCAGCACCCAGCAGCUCCUCGCCAGCGGCCUCGCCCUGACCAACGUCCUCUCCGGUGGCGACUCUGUCUCCAAGGGCAAGGUCCUCGACUACGCGGUGGAGAAGUGCGUCGACGCCGAUGGCAACGUCCGCUGCUCCAAGCCCUUCGCCGUGUCCAAGGACGGCUGCUACCACCUCGCGUGGACGACCGACGGCACGCUGUCGCACACCACGAUCGAGGUGCGCGACGCCGGCUCGGGCGAGAUGGUGUACUACCGCGACACCGACGGCGACUGGAAGCCCGAGAAGAACGAGCUCGUCUACCUCGACUUCAAGCCCAAGAUCUGGAAGACGGGCAACGACACGGUCGAGUACGAGGUGACGAGCUGCGCGAACAAUGAGCUGUAG